GUUUUUUUGGCCCUGGUGAGGGUGUCAGAUUGAAUGCUCUGUGCGCAUGUGCGAAGGUGUCCAAACUGACAAUGCUGGGGAGAUGAAGAUAGUGUGUAGCUGCUUCUGGGCUCAAGGAGGAGGAGAGGAAUCCACACGCCGACACGAUGAGAUCCAAGGCGAGGGCGAGAAAACUGCCCAAAAGUGACAGCGAGAUUGUAAAUAAUAUGUACGAGACCGACCCCGAUCUCCUUGCUGGAGAAAGCGCAGAGGAGGAAACUGAGGACAGUAUAAUGUCCCCCAUCCCUGUGGGACCUCCGUCACCCUUCCCCACCAGUGAGGACUUCACUCCCAAGGAGGGCUCACCCUAUGAAGCUCCCGUCUACAUUCCUGAUGACAUUCCAAUCCCACCAGAUUUUGAACUCAGAGAAUCUUCGAUCCCAGGGGCAGGGCUAGGGAUUUGGGCCAAAAAGAAGAUUGAAGUUGGGGAAAGAUUUGGACCCUAUAUGGCAGUACAGAGGAGCACAUUAAAGGAAACAAACUUUGGAUGGGAGCAAAUACUGACUGAUCCCGAAGUGACCUCCCAGGAGGGCAAUAUUAAAAAGAUUCCCGAUGCCCUGGGCACUGAGAAGUUCUGCGGAGACGCCGGCCAGGGCGGGGCUGGGAACUGGCUGAAGUACAUCCGAGCGUGCUGCUCCUGCGACGAGCAGAACCUGGCUGUGUGCCACAUCAACGAGCAGGUCUAUUAUAAAGUCAUUAAAGAGAUUGAGCCGGGAGAAGAGCUGCUGGUGUGUCUGAAGGAAGGAGGUUAUUCCCUGGGGAACAUGGCACCCAGCAUGGAAGAGGAGCCCUCGUUCCGCUGCGAGGACUGCGAUGAGCUGUUCCAGUCCAAGCUGGACCUGCGGCGCCACAAGAAGUACGGCUGCGGGGCCGUGGGGGCCCUCUACGAGAGCCUCAGCAACGAGAUCAAGCAGGAAGGCCUCGGGGAUGGACAGGUCUACGAGUGCAAGGACUGUGAGAGGAUGUUCCCCAAUAAAUACAGCCUGGAGCAGCACAUGGUGAUCCACACCGAGGAGAGGGAGUACAAGUGUGACCAGUGUCCCAAGGCUUUCAACUGGAAAUCCAACCUGAUUCGUCACCAAAUGUCUCACGACAGUGGGAAACGGUUUGAAUGUGAAAACUGUGUUAAGGUGUUUACGGACCCCAGCAACCUCCAGCGGCACAUCCGCUCGCAGCACGUGGGGGCGCGGGCCCACGCCUGCCCCGACUGCGGCAAGACCUUCGCCACCUCCUCGGGCCUCAAGCAGCACAAGCACAUCCACAGCACUGUCAAACCUUUCAUAUGUGAGGUCUGUCACAAAUCCUACACGCAGUUCUCCAACCUGUGCCGCCACAAGCGGAUGCACGCGGACUGCCGCACCCAGAUCAAGUGCAAGGACUGCGGGCAGAUGUUCAGCACUACCUCCUCCCUCAACAAGCACCGGCGCUUCUGCGAGGGCAAGAACCAUUACAGCCCCGCAGGAAUCUUCGCCCCCGGCCUCCCCCUCACGCCCACCUCCAUGAUGGACAAAUCCAAACCCUCUCCCAACCUCAACCACGCCAGCCUGGGCUUUAACGAGUAUUUCCCAUCCCGCCCGCACCCCGGCGGGCUCCCGUUCUCGCCAGCCCCCCCAGCCUUCCCCGCCCUCACCCCGGGAUUCCCGGGGAUUUUUCCGCCUUCUCUGUACCCCAGGCCUCCCUUGUUACCGCCCACGCAACUGCUCAAAAGUCCCCUCAACCACACUCCGGACGCGAAGCUCCCCAGCCCCCUCGGGAACCCAGCGUUGCCCCUGAUCUCCGCGGUGAGCAACAGCAACCAGGCUCCUUCCGGGGAGGAGAAAUGUGAAAGCAGCCUGGAGAACUCCUACCUGGAGAAGCUAAAAGCCAGGAACAGUGACAUGUCCGAUGGCAGUGACUUUGAGGAUGUCAAUACGACCACGGGCACGGAUCUGGACACCACGACUGGCACCGGCUCUGACCUGGACAGUGACGCGGAGAGUGACAGGGACAAAACGAAAGACAAGAGCAAACAAAUGGAGACCAAGCCAGAUUUUGUCAGCAGCUCGGUGUCUGCCAGUUCCACCAACACCACGAGCGAGAUCCCUCUCUUCUACUCUCAGCAUUCCUUCUUUCCUCCCCCCGAGGAGCACCUGCUGCCCACCACGGGCGCUGCCAAUGACUCUAUUAAAGCUAUCGCCUCCAUUGCAGAGAAGUAUUUUGGGCCUGGCUUUAUGGGGAUGCAGGAGAAAAAGAUGGGUUCACUCCCAUAUCAUUCCAUGUUCCCUUUCCAGUUCCUCCCCAAUUUCCCCCACUCCCUCUACCCUUUCACGGAGCGGACCCUCAAUCACAACUUGCUGGUCAAGGCAGAACCAAAGUCACCCAGGGACCUCCACAAAGUCGGUGGCACCAGCUCGGAGUCCCCCUUCGAUCUCACCACGAAGCCAAAAGAGAUUAAGCCAAUCCUGCCGCCCCCCAAGGUCCUCCCAGCCCCGUCCUCAGGGGAGGAGCAGCCACUGGAUCUGAGCAUUGGCAACCGCAUCCGAGCCAGCCAGAACGGAGGGAGAGAGCCAAGGAAAAACCACAUUUAUGGGGAGAGGAAGCUGAUGGCAAGUGAGGUCUUACCUAAGAUUUCCCAGUCCCAGCUGCCUCAGCAGCCUUCCCUGCACUACGCUAAGCCAUCGCCCUUUUUCAUGGACCCCAUCUACAGCAGGGUGGAGAAGCGGAAGGUGACAGACCCCGUGGGUGCCCUCAAGGAGAAGUACCUGCGACCCUCCCCGCUGCUUUUCCACCCCCAGAUGUCGGCCAUCGAGACGAUGACGGAGAAACUGGAGAGCUUUGCAGCCAUGAAGGCUGACUCUGGCUCGUCCCUGCAGCCCCUUCCCCACCACCCCUUCAACUUCCGAUCGCCGCCGCCCACGCUCUCCGACCCCAUCCUGCGCAAGGGCAAGGAGCGCUACACCUGCAGGUACUGUGGCAAGAUCUUCCCACGCUCAGCCAACCUGACGAGGCAUCUGCGGACACACACUGGGGAGCAGCCUUACAGGUGUAAAUACUGUGACAGGUCAUUCAGCAUUUCCUCCAACCUGCAGCGGCACGUCAGGAACAUCCACAACAAGGAGAAGCCAUUCAAGUGCCACCUGUGCAACAGGUGCUUUGGGCAGCAGACCAACCUCGACAGGCACCUGAAAAAGCACGAGCACGAGAACGUUCCAGUGAGCCAGCACUCCGGAGUCAUCACCAACCACCUCGGGACCAGCGCCUCCUCCCCCACCUCGGAAUCAGACAACCAUGCACUUUUAGACGAAAAAGAGGAUUCCUAUUUCUCGGAAAUCAGAAAUUUUAUUGCCAAUAGCGAGAUGAAUCAAGCGUCGGCUUUAGCAGAUAAAAGGCCAGAAAUCCAGGAUAUUGAUGGCAAUUCCCAGUGCCACGGACUGGCAAACGAGAAGACAGAAGAUGUGGACGAUGAGGAUGAAGAACUGGAAGAGGAAGAUGAUGACAGCCUGACUGGGAAAUCCCAGGACGAGACGGCGUCGCCCACGGCAGAGCCCCGGGGAGCGUUCGAGGAUGAGGAGGAUGAGGAGCCCACAUCUCUCACCAUGAGCUUUGACCACACCAGAAGGUGUAUUGAGGAGGACGAAGCCGGCCUGUUAGAUUUGGAGCAGAUGCCGAAUUUUGGGAAGGGGCUGGAUCUCCGCAAAGCGGCCGAGGAAGCAUUUGAAGUUAAAGAUGUGUUUAAUUCCACCUUAGACUCUGAGGCAAUAAAACAGACUCUGUACAGGCAGGCUAAAAACCAGGCUUAUGCAAUGAUGCUGUCCCUGUCUGAGAACGCUCCCCUCCACACGUCCUCCCAGAACUCUCUGGGGGCUUGGCUGGACAUGGCAGGAGCAGCUUCAGAGUCGGGGACCUUUAACCCCAUCAACCACCUCUGAGAGGUCCACAAGGCACUGGCCAGAGCCCAGGUGAGGCAGUGGUGGUGCUGCAGCCAUCCCAGCAAAAUCCCAGCGAGCAGAAGAUGGAUGAGAGGGCCUCAGGGAGUCGUCUGGACUUUGGGCUGAGAAGGAAACCUGUCACAUCUGACCUACACAUCCUGCAUUUUUAUCUCUCUACAGUUUUCCUUUCUAAUUUAUCACAAUGAACCCCUCCCAAACUGGAUAACCCUGAAGCAGCCCCAGGAUUUCACAGCCUGUAGGAAUAGCAUGAGCAAGACACGAAUUGCAAGAGUGCAAUCAAAGAUUGGCCCCUCCAACCUUCCAAACCAGUGUCACUGAGCCAGCACAGCCUGAGCAGGAGCGACAGCUUGGAACCACAGGGCAGCAUUUCCUUCCCAUCCAGCUGAAUGGUGAAGCACCAAGGAAGAGAGCCAGGUGUGACCUGUCCCUGGUGCAAUUGUGACACAGCCACUGGAGUUAUGCCAGGGAAAGGCAAAUUCAACCCACUUAACUGACCCCCCAAAAGAAUUUGGAAUUCUGCACACCCACAGAAGCACCAUCCUGUCCUUUGCUCCCAGCAAACACUGGCACAGUGCAAAGCUCCUUCAAGGUGAGGCCACGCUGCCUGCAGUCCUCGUGAGCCACAUGCAGCUCCCAGCCUGGAACAGUGCUGAGGCUGGGGUGACAGAUGUGUCACACGAACUUGGAUGGUCCCCUGUGCCCUGAGCGAGGCUGGGAGAGCUCCCUGCCCCUCCUGGUUCCUGUGAGGCCAGCACAGGCUGGGAGUGCCUGGGACAGAGCCAGCGUGGUGGAGCUCCUGGAAAUGCUUGUAUUUGCCUAAGAAGAGAGGUCACGGGGUAAAGCCUUCCCUGGUUGUGCAUAAGGAAACGUGUGCUGGGCAAACCCAGGGCAGCUCAGACACAUCUGCUCGUGUGUCAGGGUUUCAGGGUGACAUCACCCUGUGCUGAUGGUAUCUGUGGCACGGAUCUCUGAUUCACACCGUUGGUUUGGCCUGGUUUUCCCUCUGCACUGCCUGCUGCUGCUUGGCCUGUAAUUUAAGUAGAAAGGUGAACAUUUCCGUGCUCCAGCCGCCUGAGGGGUGCAGAGCAUGGAGAUAAGAAUCCAGCUGUCUCUCUGACUCUAAAAUUUCUCAUAGAGAUUUUAUGAGUGAUUUCCAAUCACUUCCAAACCUCAUCUCUACUGAUACACAGCAGCCUCCACAAAUCCUGUGGGCUUUGUGCUGUUCUCUGCUGCAAUUUCCAUCCACUGUUGGAGCAGGGAAUUUGGAGAUGACAUUCCUUGUUGGAAUGGUUGGGAAAGCCGUGGAAAAGGACAGAUGGAGGGUUCUAGUCCAGUCUAGUGUGGGAAGCCUCAUUCCAGCAGGCCAAAACAAUGGGACAUGCUCCCUGAGCAAAGCAGAGUCAGAGUUGGGUGUGACACAUUUGCAAGUCAGCUUUGCACCCAAGAGCACAUGUGAGGCUGAUUUUGGGGAGCCUCAGAGUGCCCCCACAGGAAAGCAUCCAGGGUGACUUUGGUACAGAGAGAACAAAAAGUAAAUUAGCAGCACCAGUGUGUUUUCCCAAGAAAAUUUACCCUCCCCUUUUUGGUUUUCCACAACAUCCUGUGAAAGUGCCCAAGGCUCUGAGAGCACCAGGCGGUGUGACCGAGCUGCUUCAUGUAUUUGCACAAAGCUCCUGGGUAGGAGAGCCAGCCCUGCCGGAGGAAUCCCGGCUCUGUGGAGAAGAGGGACAGCCCUGUCCCAUCCCAUCCCAUCCACCCAUCGCAUCCCAUCCCCUCCCAUCCCAUCCACCCAUCCCAUCCCCUCCCCUCCAUC